AUGGUCGAAGGGGCAAUGCUCAGCCUUCCAGAACGCUACUCGGUGGUGGUGGCUGCAAAAAGCAAUGAUGUGCACCCACCACCAGCGAAUCCCAGGAGGCGCUCACGCAGGAUGCGGAUGUUGAGCUCGCUGCGACAGGCACUGCCGCCAUUAGCGUUCCCCAGAGCGACGUUGAGAAUGAAUCUCGACACCGAUGAGGGCUGCGGGACUCGAUUUUGCAAUGCGGCCGCUCUUGCCGACAGCACAUCAUUCUGCGGGGAGUUGUUCAGCAUGCAUUCCCCUGGCUACGGGAUGAGACCUGCAGAAGAAGCGGUCAAGGCGACGCUUGGUGACUUGCGCACUCAGGCGCAUAAGCGCUGUUUUGAAAUGCGCUUCCGUCCACGGCGCCUUUUGUUCCCUGGCGCUGCUCGACGGCGAGGACAGUCGCCCUGGCCGGGCUGGGGCGGCUGUUUGAUGCUCGCACAGAACGAUCUACGGUUGCAGCGCACACAGACAGCGCUCGACAGGCGACUUGGCGCUCGAUCUCGAACCCUCGCACCGACACGCUGGCUGGCACCUGAGUGGAUGCCCUCGCGUGGUGGCGAAGUAUCGGCCCAAUGA